AGACAUGGUGCAAGUCUCGAAGAAGUUUCAUCAGCUAUGUCUGCUGCACGAGAUGCUUAUCGUAAUGCGAGUAAUGAGAUAAAGCUUAUGGAUCGAUUUAUCAAUGAGCUCAGACGGGCUUUGCAUGAUCGCAUGCAUAAGUGGCAUUUUUUUAGAACGUUUAUUGCUGUCCGUGCUAGGAUACAAUUUUCGAUGCAACUAUCUAAACGUGGUUAUUCGGGAAAAUUGGACUUUGACCACCAGAGUAAUAAAUUGUCCCUGAGAGUUCAGAUUGAUGACCAACUAAAUCAAAAUAACGACAAGGAUCCGAAAUCCCUUUCUGGCGGAGAAAAGUCUUUCUCCACUAUUUGCUUAUUAUUGGCUCUUUGGGAAGCUUUGGGAUGUCCUAUUCGGUGCCUUGACGAGUUUGAUGUUUUUAUGGACGCUGUUAACCGUAGGAUAAGCAUGAAAAUGAUGAUCGAGUCGGCACGUGUUGCAGAUCGCAUACAAUAUAUUUUGAUUACUCCACAGGACGCGAGCAGUGUUUCGCCUGGUCCUGAUGUUCGUGUACAUAGAUUACAAGAUCCUGAAAGAGGUCAAGGAGUUUUAAAUGUUGACUCAUAA